AUGGUGUGCUGGUGGAACAGCUCAUCUCAGCAGGGCAGCCGUGCAGCUCGGCUCUGGCGCCUGCUGAGAAGCUGCUGCGCCGCGCAGAGGCGCCAGCUGCUGCUUCAGUUCUCCGAGGCGCAGCGCAAGGCGCUGGAGCAGUGGAUCCUGGCCCACCCCGAGGUCCGUGGAAAGCUGCGGAGGUCUGGCAAGCCCAGUGCGGUGCGAAGGUCCGGGUUCGUGCACCCCAGGUCCCGCUCUGGCGUGCAUGGCAUCGAGACCUUCUCCCGCCAGGGCAAGCUCCUGUACCGCGCCUCCGCCAAGCUGGGCCCGUUUCGAAUCAUGACCGGCUACUGCAAGGACUUGCUCUUGGCCAAGCAGCACCUGCAGGCUCUGCAGUGCAGCCUGGCGCAGGUGGGCGCUACCGAGGUGCCUGACAAUCUCCGCAGCCUUGCCCAGGCAGAGCUUGACUUGGACCUCAGGUUCUUUGCCGAGCUUCCCUGCCGGCAGUUGAAGACCCCGUGCUUGAAGCUUCGCACCGGGCUUCAGGCUGGGCUGCAGGCCUUUCAGCGGUUGCAGAAGCUGCUGAAUGGCGACCUGCUCUCGCUUGAGGCGUCCUGGAUGAAGGUGCAAGCCAUUUGUGACGAAGCAUGGAAGAAGAAGAGGAAGAAGAAGAAGCAGGAGAAGAAGAAGAAGAAGAAGGAGAAGGAGAAGAAGAGGCAGAAGACGAAGACUUAG